CGGAGUGUGUUAAGCCGAGGCAUCAUGGCGGGUCGCGGUAGAAAAAAAGUGGAUGUCGUCCAGCAAGAAGAUGUGCUACAAGCUGUCAUCAUUGCUGACAGUUUUGAUGUCAGAUUCGCACCCAUAACCAAGGAUAUACCACGGGCCCUGAUGCCCAUUGCCAACAGGCCCCUGCUGGAAUACACACUGCAUUUCCUGGUGGCUGCAGGGAUUCAGGAGAUCUUUGUUUUCUGCUGUGCACAUGCAAACAAGAUCCUCAAAUAUCUAAGUGACACAGGUUGGACCAGUGAUAAAGCACCUUGCCAGGUGAUAACACAGGUGUCCGAAGACAGCCUCUCACCUGGGGAUGCUCUCAGGUUGAUCUAUGACCGCUCCCUAAUCAGGACGGACUUUGUGUUGGUAAUGGGAGACUUGGUAUCCACCAUCAACUUACAGCCAAUCAUACAGCAGCACAAGCAACGGAGAUUGAAGGACAAAGUGACAGUCAUGACCAUGUUGUUCAGAGAGGCAGCACCCAGGCAUGACACAAGGAGUUCAGACGAUGAUGUGGUAUUGGUGACAGAGAGAGACACCAACAGAGUACUACAUUACCAGAUGGUAGAGGGACAGAGCAAGUUAGACCUGCCACUGGACCUGUUUUCAGACCAGAAUGACCUGGAUAUCAGGUACAACCUGCUGGACUGCCAUGUCAGCGUGUGUUCACCUCAAGUACCGCAGCUGUUUGCUGAUAACUUCGACUACCAGACCCGCAACGACUUUGUACGAGGAAUUCUAGUACACGAAGAGAUCAUGGGGAACCAGGUCCAUGCCCAUGUGGUGACUGAUGAGUACGCAGCCCGGGUCUCCAGCCCACCCAUGUAUGAUGCUGUCAGUAAAGACAUUCUCCAAAGAUGGACGUACCCCCUGGUACCAGACAACAGACUCUCUUCCCAAGAACAAGAUGGUUUCUACACUCUGCAUCGACACCAUGUCUACAGGGGAAAGGAUGUCUUUUUGGACCAUGACAGUAUUCUGGAGGAGAAUGUUGUGAUUGGACCAGGGACCAGGAUUGGCAGUCACACCACCAUCAGUAACUCUGUCAUUGGUCAGAACUGCGUCAUCGGAGAUAAUGUACGUUUGGAUGGAGCGUACCUGUGGGACAACGUGUCUGUCGGCUCGGACUGUUCGCUCACACAGUGUAUCGUGUGCAGUGGUGUCACCAUCACGGAUAGAGUGGUGGUGGAACCUUCAUGUGUGCUGGCUUCAAAUGUUGUGGUGGGCCCCGAUGUUCACCUCCCUGCCGGCACCAGGGUCAGUCUGCACCCAGCCCAGACCCAGGGUGCUGAGGACGACUUCCAGGAGACAACAGAGACUGUCCAGCACCAGACCUACCAGCCUGAUAGGAUAGGUGCAGAAGGGAAGGGGUACAUCUGGGAAGAUGAUGCUGAUGACAGUCUGGUGUCCUUGAUGUGGGGCCUGAGACUGGAGCAGGAGGAGUCCAGUAGUGAGGAGUCAGAGGAGUCUGAUGAGGAGGAAGAUGACAUGGAUCAGGAAAACUCACUCCCUCCAGACGACAGCAGGAUUUUCUAUACAGAGGUGCUGGAUAGCAUGCAGCGAGCCAUAGAGGAGAACAUCAAUGCUGACAACCUGAUCCUGGAGAUCAACUCCUCCAAGUAUGCCUACAACAUCAGCAUGCAGGAGCUGAACGUGUGUGUGGUGCGCUGUGUGCUGGAGUCUGCACACAUCCGAGCCAGCCUCAUGGCUACUGCGUCCGAAUAUCUGGCAGCUCUGAAACCGCUUCUGCAGCCAAUGAAGGGUCUCCUAAAGAACUACAUCCGUAACUCCGACUCUCAGCAGGACUGCCUACUGGCUUUAGAGGAGUACUUUGGCACCCACCUAAACAUCUCUGCUGUCCUGGUUUCUGUGCUGAAUUUUCUGUACAACGAGGACAUUUUAGAAGAAGACGGUAUACUCAAGUGGUACAGGCAUCCUGCCCCGUCCGGCACACUCACACAGAAGGCACAGCAGCAGGUCCGAGCUGCGGCGACCAAGUUUAUCCAGUGGCUGCAAGAGGCAGAAGAGGAAUCUGAGGAAGAAUCAGACUGAAUUUCUCCAGAGGGAACCUCGACAGUACAGAUCAAAAUCACUCCUGAAGGAACCUUGAUACAGCUCCAACGAUUUAGAAAGUUAAUGAAGAAAUCUCUUACGCAGGCGGUAUUGAACUAUAAUGGGGAAUGAAGAUUUCUGACUACGUGGUGAAACAUGUAUUUAAUAUUCCAUUAUGCUUACCAGGACUGGUGAGUUGAGGUGAGUGCUUGCCGCAUAUGACCAAGCAUUAUCCGUAAUAAACCACAUCUUCAAGCUGGUGUAAGAAUCUGGCUCAGA